GCCCCCACGGUCCUCUGGGUCCCGCGACACGCUUCCAGGUUCCGACUACGCACGUGCAGCUACUGCUCAGUGCAGCCUGCUGGCGCGGCCCGGCAAACAUGUCGCACUUACAAAUGAAGCUCCUGCGCAAGAAGAUCGAGAAGAGGAACAUCAAGCUGCGGCAGCGAAACCUGAAGCUGCAAGAAGCAUCAAACACGAGCCUAUCCCAACCUUCCAAUGAAGAUGUGCCCAAAGAAGAGGUAAAGGUCAGAAAAGUUAAGAAAGCCGUAAAGCAUGCUGCGAGGGUGGGCUCAGCAGAAGUACAAAGUGGAGGCAUGCCUGAAGAGACAGCAGAACACUCGAAAGUUGAAAAGUUACCCCAGAAACCUACCGCUGUAACCAAUGGAGAAACGGCAGCACCGCCAUCUCCUGAUUCAGAAUCAAAAAAGAAAAAGAAGAAGAAAAAGAGGAAAAUGGCAAAUGAUGCAGAGCCUGACACCAAAAAAGCAAAAACUGAAGAAAGCACUGUGGCUCUUGAAGCAGAAGAUGCUGUGGAGAAGCCAGAUGACAAGGAAGUGCCCAGCCUGCCCCUGGGGCUGACAGGAGCUUUUGAGGACACUUCGUUUGCUUCCUUGUCUAACCUCGUCAAUGAAAACACUCUAAAGGCUAUAGAAGAAAUGGGCUUCAAGCGCAUGACUGAGAUCCAACAUAAAAGUAUCAGGCCACUUCUGGAAGGCAGGGAUCUUCUAGCAGCUGCUAAAACUGGCAGUGGCAAAACCCUGGCUUUCCUCAUCCCUGUGAUCGAGCUCAUUGUGAAGUUAAAGUUUAUGCCCAGGAAUGGAACAGGAGUCCUGAUUCUCUCUCCUACCAGAGAACUGGCCAUGCAGACCUUUGGUGUUCUUAAGGAACUGAUGACGCACCAUGUUCACACGUACGGGCUGAUCAUGGGUGGCAGUAACAGGUCUGCUGAAGCGCAGAAGCUCACCAACGGCAUCAACAUUGUCGUGGCCACCCCCGGCCGGCUUCUAGACCACAUGCAGAAUACUCCAGGGUUCAUGUACAAGAACCUCCAGUGUCUCGUUAUUGAUGAGGCUGAUCGUAUCUUGGAUGUUGGAUUUGAAGAAGAAUUAAAGCAAAUUAUUAAACUUUUGCCAGUACGCAGGCAAACCAUGCUCUUUUCUGCCACACAAACUCGAAAAGUUGAAGACUUGGCAAGAAUUUCUCUGAAAAAAGAGCCAUUGUAUGUGGGUGUUGAUGACGAUAAAGAGGUUGCCACAGUGGAUGGACUUGAGCAGGGAUAUGUUGUGUGUCCCUCUGAGAAGAGGUUCCUUCUGCUCUUCACAUUCCUUAAGAAGAACCGAAAGAAGAAAGUGAUGGUCUUCUUUUCGUCCUGUAUGUCUGUGAAGUACCACUAUGAGCUACUGAACUACAUUGACCUGCCUGUCUUGGCCAUCCAUGGAAGGCAAAAGCAAAAUAAGCGAACAACCACAUUCUUCCAAUUCUGCAAUGCAGAUUCAGGGAUACUGCUGUGCACAGAUGUGGCAGCCAGGGGGCUGGACAUCCCUGAAGUCGACUGGAUUGUUCAGUAUGACCCUCCCGAUGACCCCAAGGAAUACAUUCAUCGUGUGGGUAGAACGGCUCGGGGCCUGAACGGAAGAGGGCAUGCCCUGCUCAUCCUGCGCCCUGAAGAGUUGGGUUUCCUUCGUUACUUAAAGCAAUCCAAGGUUCCACUGAAUCAGUUCGACUUUUCCUGGUCUAAAGUUUCUGAUAUUCAGUCUCAGCUGGAAAAGCUGAUCGAAAAGAACUAUUUUCUUCAUAAGUCCGCGCAGGAAGCAUACAAGUCCUACAUACGAGCCUACGACUCCCACUCUCUCAAGCAGAUCUUCGAUGUGAACAACUUGAACUUGCCGCAGGUGGCUCUGUCCUUUGGCUUUAAGGUUCCUCCCUUCGUUGAUCUGAACGUGAGCAGCCAUGAUGGCAAGCUUAAAAAGAGAGGAGGUGGCGGUGGAUUUGGCUACCAGAAAACAAAGAAAGUGGAGAAGUCCAAGAUUUUUAAACACAUCAGCAAGAAGACAACGGACCGCAGGCAGUUUUCUCACUGACGGGAAUGUCUUUCCACCUGGACUUUGCCCUAAUUUCCCCUUUCUCUUUAAGAAAGAACCUUUUAAAAUCACCUUUAGGAUCUUUUUGUCUUUACUAUGAAUGAUAAUUUUUAUUUUUAAAUACUUCCAAAAAUCAUGUCAUUGUUUUAACGUCUUUUAUACUUUUCCUUUUUGGUAUAAGGAGGGACGCAGAGAUGGACAAAAUAGGCUGGAUUUUUAUUUCUUGAACGUUAGCAGUAACCUGGAGCCUCUGAAAAUGCCACACGUAUGUAAGAGCAAAGAUUGUUGGGAAUAAUUAGUGCACAUCUUUAGAGGUGCCACUGCAGCUGAGAUGACUUGGUGGGCAAUCAAGUGCCGCUGCACAGAUCCUGAGUUCAGCAUCCAUGAAAAAUGCUGAGUGCGGCAGCGCAUGUCUCGAAUGCUUUGGAGCCAGAGACAGGCAGGUCCUGGAGCUUCCUGGCCAGCUGGUCUAGCCAAGUACCAUUCCAUGUUCAGAGAGAGACCCUGUCUCAGCAGCAAAGGUGGAACAAAACUGAGGGAGCUAUAGGUAACUUCUGGCCUCUACUUGUGCACAUAGGAACGUGGACAUAAAGUAGUACUGCUUCUGUUGUAUAUUCCUGACUUUUUGUUUUUCGAGACAGGGCUUCUCCGUAACUUUGGAGCCAGUCUUGGAACUCACUCUUUAGGCCAGGCUGGCCUCGAACUCUCAGAAAUCUGCCUAUCUCUGCCUCCCCGGAGUACUGGAAUUAAAGGCGUGUGUUUUAAUAACCACCGGCUAUUCCUGACUUUUUUAACAGUGGGAUUUUAUUGGUUGGCUUUUGUUUUGGUUGCUAUUGUUUUUUUCCCCCCUGAACACAUAAUUGGGCUGUGGAAAUGAAUAAUCUGAGUUCAAAUCCCCAGAAACAACUUUAUAAUACAGUCAUAGCAUUUCUAAAGCAAAAUAGAAAGUGAAGACAGGUGAGUCUUUGCAUGACUGAGGUCAGCUGUUUGGGAGUCCACCAAAGAUGACUGCUGUGUAGCCCGUUUUGAAAGUCUAUUCCAGCUGACUGGGACUACACAUAGG